AUGGCACCCAUAACCGAAAUCGUCCUCGCAACCCGCGCCCCCGGCGCCCCCCUGGACGCAAUCUACACGCUCUUCGCCAGCACCCUGAAGCCGCAGCCCGGCAACCUCGCCGUGCGCGCCUCCGUCGUCGCCGAGGACCCCAACGCCUUCCGCUUCUUCAUCGACUGGGACUCCCUCUCCUCCCACCACGCCUUCCAAGCCAGCGCCGCCUACGCGCCCUUCCUCGCGCAGCUGACCCCGCACUCCGGCGGGCCCGUCAAGGUCCUGCACGCGGAGCUGACCCCGCACCCCCCCACCGUGCUCGACAACGCCGAGGGCGCGGGCAAGUCCGCCGUCGCCGAGGUGCUGUUCGCGUACUUCGACCCGGCGGCCGACACCGCGGCGCCCCUGGCCGCGGCGCAGGAGCUGGCCGCGGGCCUGCGGGCCGCGGGCUUCCCCGGCCUGUCGGGGGAGUCGGCGUUCGGGUGGACGGUGGAGGCGGACGUCGAGUACGAGGGGCAGCCCACGCGCGCGCUGGUGUCCCUGGUCGGCUGGGACAGCGUGCAGGCGCACAAGGACGCGCGCGCCACGGAGGCGUACGGGAAGCUGAUUGCCGAUUUCAGGGGCGCCGUCCAGGGGCUCAAGGGGUUCGAUGUUACGCAUGUGUCCAACAAGAUCUUGUGA